GAUGACAUGUAUGUUUCUUACUUGCGAAACUGAACAGCCUCAAGCUACCUUCUCUCUUCCUCUCUCACACUGUGUGUGUAUUUUGGCCUGGGCUGCCUGCUUUUCUGGAUUCUUAUCUUCUCUACACUGUCGUACUCUUGUCCUUUUUGGCAGUUGGAUUAAGGGAGAUAGAGGUGGACCACAUGGUGUAAAGGUGAAGUGGAUUGUUGAGAAGGGUAAUUCUGUGAAGUAGUUGGGAAAAGGCCCAUUUUUAAGCACUGUUGGUUGUGGAAAAUCUGAUGGGCAACAACAGAUAAAGAUUGUGAGUGGAUUCAUGUGAUUAUGGUUAUGAGUUAGUUGGCAUUCCAUGAGAUUUUAGAGGAAAGGAUUCUUUAUUUUCUCUCGAAAACUAUGGAGACGUCAAAUAAGAAGUAUUUUGAGAGAGUGGUCUCACAGAAGGCUCUGCAAAUGGGGAGCUCCUUUCCUUGCCAAAUUUGUGUGGUGGGUUUCCUCUGUGGAGUCUGUCUCACCUCUCUCUUUCUUGCUGCUCUCACUUCUUUUGGUUCCUUCGAGUUUGGUGGGCUUUCAUUUUCAGCCAUUCCAGUACUCGCCAAUUCACCAUGGAAUUCAAGCUCAGAAAUCAUCGAUGUGGUUACGGGUAAGGACUGCAAUUUCAAACCAAAGGAAACAGAGAGUUUAGUGGAUUUGCAAAGUAGUAAAGAAAGGAAGAAUGAUGAGAGAGUCUCCUUUCUAUAUUCAGCUUGGAGUGCCAUGCUAACUAAACCGACUUUGGAACCAUUAAAACUAAACGGAGACAUUAGUGUGCCAAAAGCCCCUCAUUUGGAAAAUUGCAAGUUGAGAGCACAAGCAAAUCAUCGUCUUGAUAAGCGGUCUGAGAAUGGGAGCUUCCCUCCUUGGGCAGGUUGGAAGGGAUUGUUGGACAUGCACCCGGCAGCUGCAACCAAUGAGCGGCGGAGAUACUCUGAAAAUGCUCAUCCUCCCUGGAUUUCAGGAUCAGAUGAAGAAAACUACCCCUCGACUAGAAAAGUGCAACGUGACUUAUGGAUCCAUCAGCAUCCAAUGAACUGCAGCGAUCCAAAUGUUAAAUUUCUUGUAGUUGACUGGGAGAGAUUACCUGGAUAUGGUAUUGGAGCACAGAUUGCUGCAAUCUGUGGUCUUUUUGCUAUUGCAAUCAAUGAGAAAAGGGUCCUUGUUACCAACUAUUAUAAUCGGGCUGACCAUGAUGGAUGUAAAGGUUCAUCCCGCUCCAGCUGGUCUUGCUAUUUCUUUCCAGAAACAUCUCAAGAAUGCCGAGACCGUGCAUUUGAGCUUUUGGGGAGUGAAGAGGCAUGGAAAAGAGGAAUCAUAACUGAAAAGGGAAAUUAUAGUUCAAAGGAAAUAUGGUCUGGACGACGGAUUCCUAGGGUAUGGGGCCACCCUUGGAGUUAUUUGCAACCAACUACGGAAAUAAAUGGGAGUUUGAUUGCUUAUCAUCGCAAGAUGGAUCGGAGGUGGUGGAUGGCACAGGCAGUUCGCUACUUAAUGAGGUUUCAAACAGAGUACACGUGUGGCCUAUUAAAUGUUGAGCGCCAUGCUGCAUUUGGAAAGGAAGCUGCAAAAUUAGUUCUGCGAAGUCUUGACAAGGAAUGGCCAAAGGGAUUUACAAACACGCCAAGAUCUGAUAUCGAAGAUUACGUGUGGUCAAGUCACAAACCAUGGGUGCCUAGGCCACUGCUAAGCAUUCAUGUCAGGAUGGGAGACAAAGCUUGCGAAAUGAAGGUAGUUGAAUUUGAAGAAUACAUGCAUCUUGCACAUCGCAUCAGGAAGCACUUCCCACACCUCAACAACGUUUGGCUUUCUACUGAAAUGCAGCAAGUUAUUGACAAGUCAAAAAGCUAUUCUGAGUGGAAUUUUUACUACACGAAUGUGACACGCCAAGUGGGAAACACUUCAAUGGCGAGUUAUGAAUCGAGUCUUGGUAGGGAGAGAAGCACAAACAAUCCGAUCGUCAAUUUCUUGAUGGCGACGGAAGCAGACUUUUUCAUUGGAGCAUUGGGUUCCACUUGGUGCGUGCUUAUAGAUGGAAUGAGGAAUACCGGAGGAAAAGUAAUGGCUGGAUACUUGAGUGUCAACAAAGAUCGAUUCUGGUAGAAGAGAUUUACCUAAAACCUCCCUAUUUCAUUUGUAUCUAAAUUUUGUUACCUGUAAAUACUCUUGAUGUAUAUACACAUUCACAAAGACUCGUAAUAAUAUGGUACAUAUGUACAACUCC